AACCAACUGACAGUUGGGCAACCUCCUCUCACAUGAACUGCACGUCAACUUCUCUGUUGCAAUAGAGAAGUGCUCUGUGCAGCAGCAACAGAAGCGCCACAGCUCUGAACCCAAGCCUUGGCGACCCUAAUCCAUGACCCCUGGACGAGGACCUUUGUGUCCUGACAUGCCUGUGAAAGGUGCCCUAUCCAGGACAGUGUGCAACCAGCCAUGGAGCAGCAGACCAGGAUACUGAGGGACCUCCUGGUCCAGCUGGAGAGACAGAAGGCUGUGGACGAGCAGGCAUCUAAUGGCAUUGCUGGGGAGUUUGCAAGGUUGAAAAGCCUGUCAACUAAGUACCGCACUGACAAGACCUACCCGACCAAGACAGCAGAAAAGCAAGACAACAUCAAGAAGAACCGAUACAAAGACAUUGUUCCCUUUGACCACACUAGAGUAAAGCUCACUCUCACCACAGCUAAAAAUGACAGCGAAUACAUCAACGCCAGUUUCAUCAAGGGAGCGUCAGGCUCCAGGGCCUACAUUGCUACUCAGGGUCCUCUGCCUCACACAGUACUGGACUUCUUGAGGAUGCUUUGGGAGUACAACAUCAAGGUUGUGUUGAUGGCCUGUCGAGAGUUUGAGAUGGGAAAGAAAAAGUGUGAGCGCUACUGGCCACAGACACAAGAGCAGCCAUUUCUUUGUGAGCCUUUCACAGUUUACUGUGAUUCUGAGGAAAACAAAGGAGAUUAUCUGACAAGGACGUUACGGGUGACUUUUCGCAACUGUAGCCGAACUUUGAAACAGCUGCACUAUUUCAACUGGCCAGAUCACGGUGUACCAGACUCCAUCCCUCCCAUUCUGGACAUGUUGCAUGAGAUGCGUUCCUAUCAAGCCCAUGAUGAUAUCCCCUUCUGCAUCCACUGCAGUGCUGGCUGUGGUAGAACUGGAGUCCUGUGUGCCAUUGAUUAUACCUGGAAUCUCCUGAAGAGACAGAUGAUCACUCCAGAUUUCAAUAUCUUUGACUUGGUUCAAAACAUGAGAACCCAGAGGCCCUCGGUGGUUCAAACCAAGGAACAAUAUGAUCUGGUGUACAGAACCAUCAAGUUGCUGUUUGAGAGAUAUUUGCAGUACGUGGAUGCACAGACCUGCAGAAAUAAGGUGACAACGAACCCAUCUGCUAUAGCGACUGACACAGAAAGAGAGCUCCCUGACCUGAGUAAGGAGGUGGUUUCGCUGCCACAAUUCCAGCACCUUCUUGAUGAGGAGAGGGAUGUUUUGCAACAGUACCACACUUCCUUGUCUUCUGCUUCACACAAUCACAUUGCCUUGAGAGAAAAGGACCUGCAGAGGGACCAGGAACAAUGGUACCUUCUCCGAACGCUUCCUGAGGCUCUGAUUACCACCCAGGACCCGCAGGAGGGACCCAUGACCUCCCUAACACAGGUGCAUUCCAGCCAGAGAGCCCCCGCAGUAGAGGAGAGGAUAGAAGAAAGCUAUGACAUACCAUCUCUGAACCCUCCACCUUCACCAGCUGUGGCAGAAGCAAUUUGUCUGAUGGUGGAAGACCCUUACUUUGACACACCAAUGAGCUACCCUUCUUCAGAGGAAGCACCAAUGAACUUGACUGAAGACGCCAACCAAUGGACAGUUAGCCCCAUCUUCAGCAUGCCCUCACUGUGUCUGAAUGACCAGACUCUGGAGCUUAACUCUCCUGCCUCAGGUGCUGUCGAAGUUCAUAGAGAUGAGGAGGAACCUCCUCCCCUACCUCAACGAACUCCUGAAUCCUAUGUAAUCGCUGUGGAUGCAGAGCAUCCAGCUCCCUUUGAAAGGUUAAUGGUUAUAAUUCCACCCAAUGCUGCUGCUGAGGCUGUUAGGGAGUUGGGAAGUGAGAAAAUAUCUAAAACUCCAAAAUAUCUUCUAUGGCACACUCAAUUAUGCUUUUCUUCUAGUGACACAUCUCUGAAGAUGACUAAUUCCAAUAUUUUUGUUAACUAUGAUACAUUAUUCCAGGCAACCCCCUCACCUGCCCCCCCACUUCCUGAGAGAACCCCAGAAUCAUUUGAGUGGGCCCUUGAUCAAGCUCCUGUGAAGCUGAAGUCAGACGUCACGCCGGCCGUGAAGCUGAACAGAAUAGGAAUGUCUUCCGAAUGGUCUGGGGACUCAAGGCCAGCCACCACUGCAUCUCAGAUUGAGACGAAUCCAUGGGUGAGGAGUAAGAGUCUGAGAGUAAAAAUGACCGUCACAGUUCCAGUUACACAUCCUGAUCUUGCAUCAAAUACAACAUCAAACCUCCACCCUCAUUAUCCACCUCUGGAACCACUGACUCCUCCGCUGCUUCUUCAAACUGAGAAGAGCCUGACUCCUCCACUUCCUGACAGAACCCCCGACUCCUUCUUCCUCCCCACAGAAGAGAUUCACGAGAGAUCCGCCCUCUGCUCGCAGCCCUUAGAAGCAACACGGCCCUCACCGAGGGUAGGCAUGUCAUCUGAGUGGGAUGGCACCGCUCAGCCUAAGAAAUUCCUUGACGUUGUUAUGAGCAGGAGCAAGAGUGUUCGAGCUAAAAGUUCUAAACAAGAGCCCCUUACUGCAGUUCGGCAGCUUGCUACACCUCCUGUGGUCGUGGCUGGAGCAGGAAGUGCACGAGUGGGGCAGCAUGAUGUUAACCGCAGGCCCUCACUGAACGCUGAGACUUCAGGAAACAAAUCAGACAAAAGCAACGAGAAGAGCAUGUCACGAACAAAGAGUCUGAAGUUUUUUAGACACAAACAAAAACCUAAAACUGACCCACCACCACCAUCGCCACCCACUCAACCUGGAACAGCAGCUCCAUCACAUGGCGCUUCAUCUUCAAUGUUCAAAUUUGGAUUUGGGUACCGUUUUGGAAAGCCAAAAGGACCCAGGAGUUAUCCAGAGACCUGGGUUUGAUAUUUUAGAGUCACCCAUCUCUAAAUAUCAGAAAUGGACCUGUUCUUGUAAUGAUGAUCAACAUAAUAAAUUGCACCGCUAAAGGACUCGUAUAUAGUGGACCUGAAAAGCACUGAAGGAAGCCUCUCUUUGUCUCGCACAGCACAGUAGCACCCUCAGCAGUAGAAAACAGGAAGUACCAUGUUACCAGCUCUGAUGCACUUUGUACAGUAUAUAAACUAAGGUUGAUUUUUAAUCAUUGAGCAUCGCUCACUGAACAACUUGGACCAAUGACUUGAAUGUUGACUCAAAAACAAGAAUAAUUUGCUUGAGGAGGUGGGCAAUCUGCAGCAAGAAGUUUGACACUUGUUGUUACAAUGCUUAAAGCGACUUAAAUAUAUUUGAGUUAUGUGUGUGUAUCUGUGCUUUUGGCAUGAAAUGUAAAAAUCGGGUAUAACAUUGCAUCUAGUUCAUCAACACAUCACUUAUUCUAUUAUAAAGACAACAAACUAUUCAUCGUUCAGUGUACCAAGCGUGUCAUUUAGUUUGGUUUUUUCGGCCAUCAUUUACACAUCCAUCCGUAGUUUUUAAAUGAAUCUUAAAGCAUCGUCAACAUGUUAAAAAGGUACAGUGAAUGUGAUUUGUACUGAAUAUGCAUAUGAUGUAACUGUACAGUUAAACUGUGUUAUAUACACUGGUUACACACAAAAUUAUUUAUUAAAAAAAUAUAGAACGUCUAUGCAUUCUUAUUGUGUUUUUUUUUCUAUUUUUGACAAGACGGAAAUACAUUGGUAUCAGAUCUCUACUGUCUGAAACACCCAGGAAACUGAUUAAAAAUAGCCUCAGUACAAACGAUAACAACAUCAAUCACUGGUGCUAGAACACAGCGUCACAACAGGCUGCACUAUUGUAACUGUCAACUUAUUUCUACAUUAAGCUAGUAAGUCAAGACAACAUUACUCCUGAUAAACUAAAAUAAUAACCUGCUUCCUGAAUAGGAUCACGUAGGCAUGACACUAUGAUUUAGUAAUUGAAUCUUCCUGGUAACAUUCAAAUAAAAAUUAAAAAAAAGCAUCACUUGAGCAAUAUUUGUUGUAAAUAGAAAGCCAAACCAAGAGGAACUAAUGCUGUUUGGCCAUCACCAUUUACCAUUCUACCCAUAAUAAUAUAUAAACCUCACAGUUUUAGCUGAGGCCGUACACAGUUCAAGGCACUAAAACAUGGUGGUCAGUGGUAGAGCAAAGGCAGUAUUACGACAUCGCUUCCUCUAUAGACGACCAAGAGCAAAGGGCUCUGUGAGGUUCAGAUGAACUGUGAAUCUGAUCAGAAACUUCGGGUGACCAUGUUCAACGUUAUUUAGGGACAGAUGACUUUGGAAGGAAUGAGCAGUUCAGUCUUGGACAAUGUUGAUACAGGCCUCGUUAUUUUAGAUUUUGUGAAACUUUAAAAAAAGACAACAGGCAUUUACAGUAUACAUCCCCACAAUAACGCUCGCAUACAACCACAGUUACCUUCUACAAUGGUGCCUUCAUCACCCGUGUGACAAUACCAGCUAAAACUCAAGGUGAGAGUGAAUUCAAAUCAAAUGAAAAAUGACUUGACUUCCCUGACAGCGUUCCCAUGUUCCCAGCUAUCACAACAACAUAAUAUAUACAUACCAACUUCUGAUGACAUACUCCACCCCUGAAGAACAAAUUCAGACAAUUAUUGCUAAAUGCAAUCAUUUAGAGGUGCUCCUAUACUUAGAUAAUAGUCUUAAAUAUUUAGCACUGGUUAAUCACCAGUGUUCAUAAGUUGAGCUCAAUUUUAAGAAAAUAAAUAAAUAUCUAAAACAGUAUCAACAGUAAGAAAAAGGGCAGUGUAUAAAA